CAAUGGGGCGUGAGCUGCAUUCCCAUGGCGAAAAUUUUAAAUAGCGAUGUUCUAUGGUAAUCAUGUCAUGGGUCAUCAUGUCACGGUGAUGAAAAUUGCGAAGAGAAGAUUCUUUCGUUGUUGAGUGGAGUUUUCAGACUACUAUGAGUGUUUUUUUCCGUCUCCUGUGAAAAUCUGACCUCCGAGGAGUGAAGGUUAUCCGACUGAUAAAAGUGUUUAGUAUCACGUUUUCGGAUUAAAGUCAGAUGCAUCAGUCGAUUGCAGUGUGAAGGGCAUUAGAAUCAUGGCAACGAAGGAGGCGGACGUUUUCGAUGCCACAGAGCAUCCACAUGUGAGGUACAAUCCUCUGAAGGGAGAAUGGGUACUAGUGUCUCCGCACAGAAUGAAGAGACCUUGGUCCGGUCAAAUCGAACCGUCGACUGAUGAGGAACUACCGGAGUAUGACCCACAGAAUCCUCUGUGUCCGGGAAAUGCUCGAGCCAAUGGGAAGAUCACCGCCAAGUACGACAAAACUUACUCAUUCGUCAAUGAUUUCCCUGCAUUGCUGGAAAACAUUCCGCGGAUAGAAAAAUCAGAUGAUGAAUUGUUUAGAAUGGAACCUGUGGGAGGUACUUGUAAAGUUUUGUGUUUCCAUCCCAAGUCAAAUGUCACACUGGCUCUGAUGAAAGUUGAAGAAAUUGUAGAAGUUAUUAAACAAUGGAUAAACGAGAUGAUAGAACUGGGAAAAACUUGGACUUGGGUGCAAAUAUUCGAGAACCGAGGCACAAUAAUGGGCUGCAGCAAUCCCCAUCCUCACUGUCAGAUUUGGGCGAGUUCGUUCAUGCCUUCUGAGCCAGACAGAAAGGAUAAAAACCUAAGAGAAUAUUUUUCUAAACAUAAAAGACCUCUUCUGAUUGACUAUGUCAAGAGAGAACUCGAGAAGAAGGAACGAAUUGUGAUUGAAAAUAGAGAUUGGGUCGUGCUGGUUCCCUUCUGGGCAGUGUGGCCCUACGAGACAAUGCUCCUCCCCAAGACUCAGAUCUCUCGGAUUCAGGACAUCACCGAAUCCCAACGAGAGUCACUAGCAGUGAUAAUGAAGCGAUUGUGCAUAAAAUACGAUAAUCUCUUCCUCUGCUCAUUCCCCUAUUCAAUGGGUUGGCAUGGAGCCCCAACUGGAACUCGAAUCAACGACGACUCGAGCCACUGGACAUUCCACGGAAUGUAUCUGCCACCUCUGCUGCGAUCAGCAACGAUAAAAAAACACAUGGUUGGAUAUGAGUUGUUGGCGCAGUCUCAGCGAGAUUUAACUGCUGAGCAAGCUGCUGAAAAACUUCGUAAUCUCCCCGAUGCGCAUUACAGACAUCCGGAAACGAGUUUAACUCCUGAGGAGUUGAAUAAAUAUAAUUGAGUGGAUCAGAUAAUUGACAGUUAUUGAUGAAGAAAAAUUAUAAAUGUAAAUUAUUUUCAAUGAAUCAUUAUUGAUUUUCGUUGUGUUCAAUGACUAGUCAUAGAGGAGAAUAAUUAGCUGAAUGUUUGAUGUACUUUGCAUGUUCACAAUGUUGAAAUCAAUAUUUUUAAUAAAUUGGGAAUGUAGAGUCUAA